UGAAGUUUUUGUUUGAUCCUCCUUGUGUGGCGAAUAUGCUUGUGAGCCUUGAGGUGCUUGAAAUUAGUGAUUGCUCGGAAAUGUAUGGAGUUAUUGGUGGGGAAUUAGGAGAAGAUCAGAUCAGUCAGGAAGAUGAUGCUCAGCAACAAGAUAUCGUUGGAAAACAUAGAGAGAGCUCUGCAUUGGAAAGAAGCAACAAGCUGGAAUUUGUGUUUCCCAAACUGAGCUCUUUAAUUUUGAUAGGCCUCCCAAAUCUUUUGAGUUUCGCUGGUAGUCGCCGCGAGGAAUGUGAACUCAAAUUUCCCUGUCUAACACAUCUGAAAAUACUGCUGUGCCGGCAGUUGAAGCAAUUGUGUCCAGGAAAGCUGGAUGCACCAAAUCUUGAGAAAGUUGAAGUGGUCGAGAAUGCCAUUCCUGUGGAUUUAAAGGAUAGAAAGUUCAUCUUUUUGAGGGACUCAGCGGCCUCUGAUUUCUACCGAAGGAAGAAAUGGGAGUUGUCGUGAUGUUAAGG